AUGGCGGUGCCUCAGCGGACCCUCAACUGGCUCUACAGUGUAUUGACCAAGGAUCACUAUGACCCGCAGCAGACCUACCAAGACCCCAAUCGGACCUACCACGAUGUCGCCAACGCGCUCGCCCAGUACCCCUCGCUCUCCCCUCGAACAGACGUAUACACAUAUGAAACAGGCUUCUCGGCCCUCCUCCUGCACCUCGUGGGCACCUUGCCAGUGAGCUUCCGAGGGACAACAUACCGAUUCCCCAUUGCGCUAUGGAUUUCAAAUACAUACCCACGCGAACCACCCAUUGUCUAUGUGACUCCGACACAGGACAUGGCUGUGCGUGUUGGACAGCAUGUGACGCUGGAGGGGCAGGUGUUUCAUCACUAUCUGGCGCACUGGGCCGAAGCUUGGGAUAGAUCGAGCAUCGCCGAUCUGUUAUCUAUCCUUCAGGAUAUUUUUGCCAAGGAGCCACCUGUUCGAUACAGGCAACCACCACAGACCCAGCCAGUUCAGGCACAGACACAAACACCGCCGCCACUACCUCCUCUCCCACCCGGUGUCGGAAGCUCUGCUACACCUGUCCAGUCGCACCGGUCGCAGUCUACAAGCCAGGUACCUCCACCUCCUCCGCCAAAGCCAAACGCGGCAGGGGAGAUUCGACAGUCGCAACCAUCCCAAUUCGAUGAUCGAUAUCGAUCUCCCCCGCCGCCACCGAAAGAGCAAGACCCUCGUGUAGCAGCUCUUUCACAGACACCUGGUCUGGGAGCUCACCCGCAUCGGUACUAUCCGCCUGGCCAAAGUGGUCCUAUAUCAACCCCGCCGGGUCAGAGUGCGGCGCCACAUUAUAGAAACAGUGAAGUACCGUCGCAUGUCUCUGCUAAUGGGUCAGGCCAAUACCACCCUCAGGCAUAUCAACCGCGACCUCCAGUUCCCCAAUUACAAGGCCCUCAAGCACAAACACCAGCACAAUCCCAUACCCCAAACUACCAAGGACAAGGGUAUCCUCCCCAACCACCGCAACAAGCUGGACCGCCAUACCUUCAACACUCCCCUUACCCGUCAAAUUAUCCUCAUCCUGCACCUGCACCUGCGCCUGCAGCUCCAGCUCCAGCCCCCAAAGGUCCAACUCAAGACCUUCUCACUUCACCGUUUGAAGUGGAGCUUCCAUCAAUUGCACCCACGGGACCUGCACCCCCAAUUCCCCCAAAUCCAGAGAAGGAUGCAUUACUGCAUGCUGUAUCGCAGACCCUUGCAGACACUCUUCGCAACAAUGCCACGCAAUCCGAUACAGCCGCUCAGUCUCUCGUCUCACAGUCCCACUCUCUACAUGCUGCUAUGGCUACCCUGCAAGGCGAGGUUUCCAGCGUGAAUGCUCUGCACGCAACAUUACAGUCCAACACUACUGUUCUACAGCAGUCCAUCCAUCGUGCUGAUGCUACCAUUGCCGAUGCCCAGGCUCGCUCUACAUCUGUUCAGAAUUUUGCGUCUUCAUCUUCAACUGCUCCCAGUGAUACCCCCGCUGGUCUUCCUCCCAUUGAUGAUAUCCUGGUUGCGCCUACGGUCGUCGGGAAGCAAUUGUAUGAUCUGGUGGCCGAAGAGCAGGGUAUUCAGCAGGCCCUCUAUGCCCUGCAGGCUGCGCUGGUCCGGGGUGUCAUUGGGGUGGAUUCUUGGUCACGGCAUACGCGGAGUCUUGCUCGCGAGGCUUUGCUGAAACGGGCUUUGAUUCGUAAGAUUGGCCGGGGGAUGGGGUUGGAGGAGAGUGUUAUUUGA